ACCAGUGUUGUGGCGCAGGAUCAUACAGAUAAUAACCUGUAUAUUGUUUACUUUAUACUCUUUGUAAGACUGCCUGCACCAGCUCUUUUUUGGUGCAGGUGGACUUACAAAUGCCUGUCAUCUUUGCAGUUGAAUGUCAUUUUGAUAUGUUCACUCUGUUGAUUUAACAUGGUUCAGUUGAGCUUUUAUUUUGUGUUAGACACAGUGCCAGACACUGGUGUUUUAAUAUUCCUAUUUUGCAGAAGGGAAAACCGAAAUUCAAAAAAAAUAAAAAAACCUGUCGUGAUCACAUAGCUAAUAAGUGGGAGAGCCAACAUUUGAAGUCAGAUUAUUGGACUUUCUGGGUACUUUUCCACAAAUAAUGCUUAUUAAUACUGGAUAAUAGCUUUCCUCAGUACAGAGAAAUGUAGAAAAAGUGCAUAGCUGGAAAGUAAGAAUAUUUCUCUUCCUAAGGAAAAAAAAAAAGCUUGCCAUUUUCCAGGUAGAAAAAGACAGCUUUAUUGUUAUAACUGUAUUGCAAAUGUCUCUAGGAUCCAUGUCAUCUUUCCACUACAUAAAAAUGUAGUCCAUGUCUGAGUAUGAUAAUGUGUAAGAACCUUGCUUAGUAUAAUGUGGAGAGGGAAACAGAAUGAGGCUUAAUUUGUCAACUGAGAAAUAAAUAAUGUAGAAAGUAAUAGUCAUCCCUAAUUGUAAGUUAGGAAUGAAAGAAAACUUUCUUAAUUUGAUAGUGGUUUUAUUUCAAAGUCAAGAGUAAGUAUCAUCCUAGACAGCAAAACUUUGGUUGCAUUAAAGAAAAGAACAAGCCGUGGAUGCCUGUUUCUUUUGCUCAUUUUUUCUCUCUACUCUCCAGGAGGACAGUCCCCCAAAAAGUGAGGAAUAAAUAUUGCAAAGCAAGUCACCUGGCAAGAUCUUCUAUUUAGAAAAAAUACAAUUCUUUGUUAGAUUUGGAAUUCAUUCAGAAAACAAUUGCCUGCCAUUGAAGAGUGUGUGUGUGUGUGUGUGUGUGUGAUGAUUAGAGCUGUCCUUUGAGAAGGCUAGGAAGAUCAGAAACCAAUUGUCUGCCAUUGAAGGUGUGUGUGUGUGUGUGAGAUGAUUAGAGCUGUCCUUUGAGAAGAUUGGGAAGAUCAGAAAACAAUCGUCUGCCAUUGAAGGUGUGUGUGUGUUUGGAAUUCAUUCAGAAAACAAUUGCCUGCCAUUGAAGUGUGUGUGUGUGUGUGUGUGUGUGUGUGUGUGUGUGUGAUGAUUAGAGCUGUCCUUUGAGAAGACUAGGAAGAUACUCAGCAGCAGUGUGUAUUAUUUGAGUGUGUUUGGCAAGAUUUCUAACAUGCAGUUUUAGAAUCUGUUCUUAUAGAAUCAAGUUAUGGGACUCAGUGUGGUCUGAAGUUCAUUGAUGUUUGGAUUACCUAUAUCAGAUUGCAAGAAAAAGUGGAAAAAACUCAGUUGGCACAUGCAGGAGGUUGAAACAUCCUAAAAUCUGGUACCAUCAGAAUAAUCCAAAAAGAUAUGAAUGAAGUUGAAGAGAAAUCUAAAGAUAUAAUAAAAUUCACAUCUGAGAAACUUUCAGUAGAUGAAGUCUCACAGCUGGUGAUUUCUCCACUCUGUGGCGCAAUAUCCCUAUUUGUAGGGACUACAAGAAAUAAUUUCGAAGGGAAAAAAGUCAUUAGCUUAGAGUAUGAAGCAUAUCUACCAAUGGCAGAAAAUGAGAUAAGAAAAAUUUGUAGUGACAUUAGACAGAAGUGGCCAGUCAAACACAUAGCAGUGUUUCAUCGACUUGGCUUGGUUCCAGUGACAGAAGCAAGCGUUAUCAUUGCUGUGUCCUCAGCCCACAGGGCUGCAUCCCUUGAAGCUGUGAGCUAUGCCAUUGAUGCUUUAAAAGCCAGGGUGCCCAUAUGGAAAAAGGAAAUCUAUGAAGAAUCAUCAUCAUCUUGGAAAAGAAACAAAGAAUGCUUUUGGGCAACCAGUGUUUAAACUGCUUAGGUUUUUAGAGCCCCUAAAAUUUAAACUUGGUAAAUUCUUAUCUUUGAUCAUAUGUGCAUUCUUCUUCUCCAGAAGAUUAAUGAAGCUGAUCUCUUAUGUUACACCGGUGGAACAAAAGAGAGGAGAAAAUAAAGCAAAAUAAAUGAGUGUUUAGGACAAGGGCUUAUAUGGGAACUAGAGACAGAGGAAAGAAAGCCUUUAGGGAGAAAAAUGGAAGAAUUUGAAUGUGAGGAAUGAUGCCUGUGGUGGACAAACAGUUCUAUGACUGAGUUCCAGUUGUAAUUUGACUCACACUGAGGGGUCGCACCUCAUCAGUGACUCUCAGGCUGCCCCCUCUGUGCCCCCUCCUGCCCUCGGCACCCUUUCCCCACCCCCCUGCCCCUGUGCCCAGCGAUAUUGUUGUCAGGGAUGCAUUUUGGGAAUGUUGGCAGAAUUGAAAGUUAUAAAAAGUCCUUAUCAAAUACUCUUGAUAUAUUUUUAGAAUUUAUAUAUUUUAAAAAUAAGCUAAGUACGGUUUUAAAAGUUUAAAGCGAUAUUUUCUUGUUUUUAAAACCUCAGUGAUGAUGCGCGCAUGCUCAGUCGCUUCAUUUAUGUCCAGCUCUUUGAGACCCUAUCAGCUGUAGCCCACCAGGCUUCUCUGCCCAUGGGGUUUCCCAGACAAGUAUACUCGAGUGGCUUGCCAUUUCCUUCUCCAGGGACUCUUCCCGUCCCGGAGAUUGACCCCACAUCUCCUACAUUGGGAGGCGGGUUCUUUACCGCUAAGCCACUGGGGUAGCCUGAUGAUACCUAAGAUAUUUCAUAAUAUGAGGAUUUCUUCUAUUUCAGAAUCUAGUAUAAUCUUAUCAUAAUGCUUAUUAUAUUUUGUUAUUGGUAUUGUAUCAGUAUAUAAAUGAGCAUAAAAUUAUCAAGACAAACUAGCAAGGGUGGUUUGCAUUUUAAUGUUAGUUAUAAGAUUAUACUCACAACCAAUUAAGGAAAAUUAUAUGAUUAUUUAGUAAAGCAUUUUCAGAUAUCUUUUUAGCUUAAGCAGCAUUGUUGUUAGUGAAGUCAUUAAUAAAGUUAUGUUUUCUGCAAAAUCUUA